GAAAAUUUCUAGCAAUUGUUAGUGUCAGGCCUGAAAUAAAGAACAAUUAACAGUUCUAUGCAGUUCUCUUAGGUUCAGUAAGAUUCAUUUACUAUCUUUGAUCAUAUUAAAAUUUGUAAUUAUCACAUCAACACGCCUCUCAAGCGAUAAUCAUGGUCUUCUUCUUCACAAGUACAGUUGUUGAUCCUCCUGUGAGACUUUUCAUGGGCCUGGACAAGUAUGAAAACGAGGAUCUCAUUAAGUGGGGUUGGCCAGAAGACGUGUGGUUCCACGUUGAUAAGGUCUCCUCGGCUCAUGUUUACCUUCGACUUAAUCCAGGACAAACCAUCGAAGACAUUCCUACUGCAGUGCUGGAGGAUGCGGCGCAGCUAUGUAAGGCCAACAGCAUCUCGGGAAAUAAGAUGAAUAACGUUGAUGUUGUUUACACCUUGUGGAGCAACCUACGCAAAACUGCAAGCAUGGAUGCAGGACAGGUUGCCUUCCAUAAAGACAAGGAGGUUUACAAAAUUCGUAUUGACAAGCGCAUAAAUGAGAUAGUGAAUCGCCUUAACAAAACAAAGGAGGAGGUAAAGCUUGACUUGAGAGCUGAGAGAGAGAAGAGAGACGCGCUAGAGAGAGAUCAAGCCAAGAAAGAGCAGAAGGAGAGGAUGCAGAAAGAAAGAGAGGAGCAAGAAAGGAGAAAGAAGGAAGCCUCUCUAAGGAAUUACGACAACAUGUUUGAUGCUUCGAAGAUGACCAGCAAUCACGAUACAGGUAACGACUCGGACGAUUUCAUGUAAUUGAAGAUUGAAGAUUGUAAUUGAGUAUUGAAGAUUGUAAUUGAGGAUUGAAGAUUGUAAUUGAGGAUUGAAGAUUGUAAUUGAAGAUUGUAAUUGAAGAUUGCAAUUGAAGAUUGUAAUUGAAGAUUGUAAUUGAAGAUUGAAGAUUGUAAUUGAAGAUUGAAGAUUGUAAUUGAAGAUUGAAGAUUGUAAUUGAAGAUUGAAGCGCGAACGUGCAAAGUCUUCAGAAUUCAUCUUCAUGAGAAUCUUCAGUGGAAGAUAUGCUACAAUUUUACUGUAAACGAAUACAAUUAAAUAUCAAAUGAAUCUAUGUAGAAGGUAAGAAUAAAUUCACCAUUAUCAUCACUGCAAAUUUCCUUCAACUUUUGAAUCUCGCAACGAAUUUAUUUGAAGGAUCUGAUGAAGCGUUCGCUACUCAAUUUAAACAUAACAUAAUAAACAUUUUUUCGCCUUCUAUGAGAAAAAAUUUUCAAUUUUUUUGAAAUUCUCCUAUGAAUAUUUGCUGGAUAAUUUUCGCCUUUCAUGAGAAAAAUUUUUCAAUUUCAAGUAAUCCCCGAAUUGUAUUUUAAUAUUUGCUGAAUAAAUCCACCACGUGCGGGAUAAAUCAAUUCUUGACACUUCAGUUGAAACUUCAGCGUCCGACCAUUAAGGAUAUUAUCGUCGCUUAAGGAUAUAAUUUAAGGAUUAAGGGGAUUAAGGCUUAAGGGGAUAUUUUUUUUUAAGGAUUAAGGAUAUGAUAAUUUUGUCGCUUUGUUAUACUUUAUUAUUCACUUAAUAUUACAGACUGUAACACAAACUGAGCCUACACAAUCAUUCAUAUUCAAGGUACAUUAUAGUAUUUAUGCAUCAA